AUGGAUCAGGACCAGUCAAAACAAAAUCCACGGGAUGUGCAUGACAGCGAUGCCAUGUGCACAUCAUCUUUAAAGGAGAUCUCAUUGAUAGAAACCAUGACAAGUUUUCUUGCGGAAAACGGAGCCGCUGAGGUAGACCCAAGGGUUUUGAAAAGCCUAGCUGAAGCGCUAUCCAAACGUAUAAAUGACACAAGUCCCGGCGGAAUUCAAGAUGCCACCUUGGAGAAUUCAUAUACCAGUUUCGAUGCUGGACGUGCGCCUGGAGGCAUACAUUCGCCGCUGCAGGGUCGCUCCAUGCGGGAGUUGGAGGAGCAGAUGUCGACGUUGCGCAAGGAGAACUUCAACUUGAAACUGCGAAUCUACUUCAUGGAGGAAAGCCAGCAAGGCGUGCGCGGAAAAAAUACAGACGAGUCAUUAGCGAAACAACUAAUAGAUUCAAAAAUUGAGAUUGAAGUUCUGCGAAAGAGAGUCGACGAGAAGACGGAACUUCUAAAGGAUGCGGCUCGUGCUAUUACGCAACAUGAAGAGAUACAGAAGAGAUCAGACAUCGAAAGUCAAUCAAUGAUUGAACAGAUGCAGCAAUACAUACAUCAGUUAGAGUCAAGUGCCAAGCAGAAAGCAACUAGGAAGUCCCUCGACGUGCUGUCUUCCGAGAAACUCAAGAGUUUGGAAGAUCAGGUACUUAAAUUGGAGAAUGCUUUGAUGGAGGCCGAUUUGCGUGAGACAGAGUGCAAUAAGCAGCUUGAUGCAAUGGGAAGUGCACUAGCAGAUCGACAGGAGAACUUGGCGGCGUGUGAGGCCAAGAUUGAGGAACUGGCGAUCAAAAAUGCCGAACUCGUGGAGCAACUUGAAAAGGAAACUGAAGCCGAUGCUAUGGAUGAUUCCACGCCCAAGCUUCGCAUUCAGUUGGCCGAUAAGAUAUGCGAGCUACAGGAUGCCCAAGAGAAAUUGGCUGAACGCGAACGGGUCCAUGAGAAAGCUUGUCGCACGAUUCAAAAGCUGAUGCAGAAACUGAACAGUCAGGAGAGCGAGAUCAAGCGCAUGAAGCAGACGCAAUUGGUAAAUAGACUUUUAUGGCAAUCAAAUAUAUAUGUAUCACCAUCCGCACAGCGUCAUUCUCUGAGUGAUACUGAGACGUGCACUGAGGACAUCUCACACAGCCUGAAACAACGUUAUGAGCUGCAGAUUCUGGAACAGGACGAACUCAUUAAGCAACUGCAAUCGGAGGUGAAGAAGAAGACCGCUAACUUGCAGAAUCUUGUUAACAAAGAACUGUGGGAGAAGAAUCGUGAGGUAGAGCGACUCACCAAGCUCGUCAGUCAUCAGCAGUCUGUGGACCAUUCAGGAGAGGACUCAACAACAGGCGCUGAGUUGCAGCACUCCUUUUCGGAAGCGGAUUACGUGAAAGCUGUGAAGCGCAACAAGUUGUUGCAACAAAAAGCCGAUGUGCUGCUUCAUCGUCUGAACGAGAUGCAGCAGAACGAUGCCUUGAUUUCACAGCUACGCCACGACCUGCACGCCAUGCAAGCCGAUGUGGAGAGCGCAAACAAAUGGCGGCUUGAGUGUGCUGAUGUUUGCAGUGUUCUCACAAAUCGUCUGGAGGAACUCGCAGGUUUCCUCAACUCGCUGCUUAAACACAAGGAUGUCUUGGGUGUUUUGGCUGCUGAUCGUCGUCAUGCAAUGCGUCGCGCAAUUGAUCGCAGUUUGGACUUGUCGAAGAGCCUGAACAUGACUUUGUCCGUAACGGGCGUUUCAUUGGCUGAUCAGAGUCUGGCACAGCUAAGCAAACUCUCCGAGAUAUUGUAUACUGAGGCUGAUGAAUGCAAUCGUACUUAUAACUCACACGAAGAGAUAAAUGCUUGCGGAACCGCAACAGUAAAGCAAGAAAACAAGCUUCUCAAGUCGGAUGGACAGUUGCGCAAGGAGCGACGUUCGCUGCCAUUGCCACAACAACAGCAGGACAAUCAGAGCGAAUCGGAAGCAUGGUCAGAGCCUGACCGCAAGGUGUCCUUGGCCCGUAUUGGACUAGAAGAUACCUCCAGCAGUUUCGUAUACGCUGAAAAACAUCGCAGUGAAUCCGAUAGCGAAGGACACGCCUGCUCAGUGAAUUCCCUAAAGCAGGAGCGCAGUCGCAAUAGUGAGAAAAUCACGCAGCUCGAGUCUCUGAUAGCACAGCGCGAUGAACGUAUAUUGCAAGCACAAUGCCAAUUGGUAGAUGCGGACAAUCGUUUGAAGCAGGAACAGUUGCGUGUCAUUGAAGUAACUCAACAGUUGGAAAAGCUGCGCGCACAAAACGAAACUUUGAUCGCUGAUCUACAGGCCAUUGGCAGUCAGGAUGAUAGAGAAAUAGUUGAGCUGCAGCAACUAAUUGAACAGAAGACACAGCAGAUCGAUCAGCUGCAAUUGGCGCAAAAUACGUUACGUGCUGAUGCACAGAUCACUGAACUUGAACUGAAGGAAGCACAGCAAAAAAUUGCAGAAAUGGACGAAGAGAAUACUGCAAGUCUUGAAAGAGCUCACGCUGAAUUAACCCAAUACCAACGUGAAGCAGCGCAGCGCUUGGAGGAACUGCAAAAGCUGCAGCAAGAAGAGUUGGCUCGAAACUGGGUGGCAUUGACCAAGUAUGAGGAGGUUAAGACACAAAUUAUCGAGUUGCAGCGUUCUGUGGAGUUCUACCAAGAAAGUGAAAAGGAACUUAAGCAAAUGCUUGUAGAAAAUGAGCUGACUGCACGUUCACUCAAAAAAGAAGUCGACGAGAGCACUUUACAAGCCUCCAAAGCAAUCGUGGAACGUACAAAAGCAUAUAACGACAAACUACAGCUAGAGAAACGUUUGGAUGAAAUGAAGGUGCAGCUGACAUUGCUGCAGGACGAGCAAAGACUGCAGCAACAGCAGCAACAAUAUCCUCAAUGUAGUCGUAUCAAUAGCAUCGAUGCCUCCCAAUCGGGCUACACAUCUGAGGAGGUCCCAUUACAAUUGGCCAAUAAUAAAGCCAACGUUCCAUCUAGUUCAGCGGCUGCUGGACGUAUUAACAACCCAUCACCGGAUUUGGGCAUUGAGAGCGAUGUGGGCCGAGGUGUAAGCGUGGAACUAUCAAAUGCCCAGCGGGCACUACUUAAGACUGUGGAGCUUACUGCAAAUAAUGAAGACACCGAUAAUAUGGACUUAAAAGAAGAUUCGUCGCCUGACUCGGAGGCUGCUGCAGCAUCAUCUGUGGGACAAAUAACAAUAGUUCACGACUGUGCAAAGGUAGAAAAAGAAAUGGCCGAAUUGAAACGUAAAUUACUGCACACCAAACGUUCAUUUGAAGACACCUAUAAAAGAUUGUGUGCGGUUAACAAAGCUAAAGCACAGGUUGAAAAAGACAUCAAGAAUCAAAUACUUAAAACCCACAAUGUACUGCGCAAUGUUCGUUCGAACAUGGAAAACGUGUUAUAACAUUUUAUUUGAUCGAAGCACAACCAUAACAUUAUCAUCGCCAUGAAAAUCGUCCACAAAUUGACAAAUGUUCAUUUUGUUAAUAUCUCACAAAUUUACUAUUUACCUGUAUUUUACUAUUUUACUACUAUUAUUUCCCUUUUAUGUUCUUUGUAAAUUACCUCAUGUGAAAGUUACUUGCGCAACGAGUUAUUAAUCUAAAUAAUAAUACUUGCAUUUUCCUAAGACUGUAUAAAAUAAAAUGUAAAAUAAUAUAUGCAAG